AUGAGCUCAUUGUUGCGAAUGACCGGCGUCUUGUCCCACUCCAGUCUGAUUCGAACAAGUGGUAAAGGAAUAUGCUUGGCGCGCAGGUCAGCAUGCCUGAUCGUUUACCCAGUCGCCCGGUCGCGUUCCCGUUCCGGCGUUAUAAUCCAUAAGCCGAUUCGAGAUGUGUGUUCAUCAUCGACACCCUCGUCCUCCCAAACAAAGCCGUUGGACUCGGGUCAUCUCUACGGAGAGCUUCUUGCGGGAUAUCGGCCCGACUUCAGCGAUAUCGAUGGAAGUCGACAUGCAACAGUACAUCUUGAUCUAAAUGCGAAGCAGAGGAUCUGUUAUUAUCCGCGCAAAGUACAUGGUGGAUAUCAGGCAUUCCUUCUGGAUCAGCUUUUCGCAGACUGCUGCAAUCCCGCAGUUACGGCGAGCUUGACAGUUGACUACAAGAAACCGAUUCACCCGGACGCGACGCUGAUUUUGCGUGCAUGGCCGGUGAAAGCUGAGGGCCGGAAGAUUUACAUGGAAGGGAGCAUCAAGAUGGCAGAUCCGGUUUCCGGUGAGAUGGUGGUAGCAGCUCGCGCAACUGCAGUUUUUGUUUUUGGAAAAAGCAAGCGUUCAGUUGACUAA